AUGGCUCUCACCGACCACCCCGCAGCAGCGCUAAUAGCACGCGCUCUCGAGGCCACUGGAGCAACUGCCGCGACUGUCUUUGUCGCUGUGGUGGCGCUGUUCGUCCUACCCACCAUCAUCCAGUGGUACCGUCUCUCACAUGUUCCCGGGCCCAAGCUGGCCGCCAUCUCCAAGUACUGGCAAGUCCGCGAGUCUAUCAAGGGGACGCUCCCUCAGGUGCUCAAAGAGCUCAACGACAAACACGGCCCGCUCGUGCGUAUCGGGCCCAAUGACCUCGUCACCAGUGACCCCGAUGUGUUGCGCAAGAUGAUGGCCGUCAGGUCGCCUUACACCAGAGGACCGUGGUACGAAGCUUGGCGCUUGAAUCCCACGAGAGACAAUCUGUUUUCUAUGCGCGAUGAGGUCGGCCAUACGGCCUUGCGCAACAAGAUGGUUGCCGGUUACUCGGGCAAGGAAAAUCUGUCCAUGGAAAGUACCAUCGAGACUGAGAUUGCUCGUCUGAUCGACCUCAUUGAGAGAAAGUACAUCUCCACCCCCAAAGACUAUCGCCCCAUGGACUUUGGUGAAAAGGCCCAGUAUUUUACUCUCGAUGUCAUCAGCGACCUGGCCUUUGGCGAGCCCCUGGGCUAUCUCGAAAAGGAUGAGGAUGUUUACGAUUACAUCAAGAUCACCACGGCAUCUAUCCCGGCCAUGUUGACCCUCGGAAGUAUUCCUACACUGGCCAACAUUAUCCAGUCUCGCUUUCUUCGAUGGCUGUUGCCCAAAGAGACCGACAAGAUUGGCUUUGGUGCCUUUAUCGGUGUGACCAACCAUGCCGUGGCUGCUCGCUUCGCCCCGAAUGCCGCCCCUCAGCAAGACAUGCUUGGUUCUUUUAUUCGGCACGGUUUGAACCUCGAAGAGGCCCAGGGCGAGGCCGUCUUGCAGAUUGUGGCCGGGUCCGACACCUCUGCCUCCACCAUCCGCGCUUUCAUGCUCAACAUUUGUACCCAUCCACCGGUUUACCAGAAGCUCCAGCAAGAAAUCGACGAGGCCGUUGCCCAGGGGAUCAUUUCCUCUCCCAUCAAAGAUGCCGAAGCGCGGCAGCUUCCUUACCUCCAGGCGGUCAUCAGAGAGGCCAUCCGUAUUCUCCCUCCUGCUGGUGGUGCCUUUUUCAAGCAGGUCCCUCCUGGUGGCGAUGUCAUCUGCGGCAAGUUUAUCCCUGGCGGAACCCAAAUAGGGUCUUCCCCGCUUGCCAUUCACCACAGCAAGAAUACAUUUGGCGAGGAUGCCGAAACAUUUAGGCCGGAAAGGUGGUUGGAAGCGGAUGAGGAUCAGUUGGAAAAAAUGAAGGCUACCGCAGAUUUGGUCUUUCAUUAUGGAAAAUGGCAGUGUCCUGGCAAGACUGUGGCGCUGAUGGAGUUCAACAAGAUUUUUGUCGAGUUGCUGAGACGAUAUGAGUGGUCCGUCAUCAAUCCCUUCAAUGCUGCCAGAGUUAACAACGCCGGCGUAUGGAUGUUUGACGAUUUUUGGGUGCGUGUAACUCGACGCGGGCAGUAG